GCAGUCUCCUCCAUCUCACCGAACGUCGAGCAUGCAUGUCUCUACCGGUUAUUGAGGAGAUAAUCUGUACAAUUUUACAGUAACCAGCGAGCCGAAAUACAACACCAUGGAGGCCGUUAAAUCCUUUAACAACGAGCUGUACUCGUUGACUGAGUACAAGCCGCCCAUCUCCAAGGCCAAGAUGACUCAGAUCACCAAGUCAGGAAUCAAGGCUAUAAAAUUUUACAAGCAUGUUGUCCAGAGUGUAGAGAAGUUCAUACAAAAGUGCAAGCCAGAAUACAAAGUUCCCGGGCUGUAUGUCAUCGACUCCAUAGUCAGACAGUCACGCCACCAGUUUGGAACAGAGAAAGAUGUUUUUGCCCCGCGCUUCAGCAAGAAUAUCAUUGCAACCUUCCAGCACCUCUACCGCUGCCCUUCAGAUGAUAAGAGUAAGAUCGUGCGAGUCCUGAAUCUGUGGCAGAAGAAUGCCGUCUUUAAGAGUGACAUCAUUCAGCCUCUGUUGGACAUGGCUGCAGGGAUUCCUCCUCCCAGCUCUACACCUGUCCUGCCUAGCAGUGCUGCUCCAAUUAAUAACGCUACACCUGGCACCCCAGCUACACCUGCUACUCCAGCAAACAUUGUCCAAGGUCUGCCUGACUGGGCAUCACAAAUUACAAACACAGAUACUGUUGCUGCCGUUGCACAGAUCUUACAGAGUCCCCAAGGACAGCAGCUUCAGCAGUUAGUCCAGAGUCUGCAGAUGCAGCAGCAGAAGCCGCAGCCGUCCCUGCUGCAGGCCUUGGACGCUGGCCUGGUGGUACAGUUGCAAGCUUUGACAGCUCAGCUUACUGCUGCAGCCACUGCCAACAGCCUCAACCCUCUAGAGCAGAGGGUUUCCUCUUUUAAUAAGAAACUUUUGGGUCCUUUUGACUUUGGGAAUGAUUCUGAACGCAGUGAAGAACCUAAAAAAGAUGCCUCAUCUUCUCAGCUGCCCAUGGUGUCCGAGCCCAUUAACAGCUCACUCUUUCAUCAACUGGCUGAGCAACUGCAGCAGCAAAACCUGGAACAGUUUCAGAAGCAGCUGCUGGAGCACCAGCAGAAGGCAAUGAGCAUAGAAGGCCAAGACUCGAUCUUUGGGCAGGAAAACUCUGCACAGAACAGCAGCCAGCCGCAGCUUCCUGAACCAGAGAACAAGAUAGAUGACUCCAUAGACAACCAACAGCAGGAUAUGGACCUGGACGAGGGUCCUGAUGGAAUGGAAGAGGAGAUCUUUGAACUGGAGGAGAAGGAAACGACAACGACACGGUCCAGAACACGUUCUAGAUCACGCUCAAGAUCUCCCAAGCGAAGAAGGUCCAGGUCUCGCUCUGGCUCACGAAAACGUAAGCAUCGCAAGCGAUCACGCUCACGCUCCAGAGAUCGCAAGAGGAAGACGUCACGGUCUUACUCAAGUGAAAGGCUUGCCAGAGAACGGGAGAAGGAGCGUCAGAAGAAAGGAUUACCUCUUAUACGUUCCAAGACUCUAAGUGUGUGCAGUACAACUCUGUGGGUGGGGCAGGUGGACAAAAAGGCCACUCAGCAAGACCUCACAAAUCUGUUUGAAGAGUUUGGCCAGAUCGAGUCCAUCAAUAUGAUCCCUCCCAGAGGCUGUGCCUACAUCUGUAUGGUCCACAGACAGGAUGCAUACCGUGCACUCCAGAAGCUUAGUACCGGCUCUUUUAAGAUUGGAUCCAAGAUCAUCAAGAUUGCAUGGGCUCUGAACAAAGGUGUAAAGCAAGAGUACAAGCAGUUUUGGGAUGCAGACCUGGGUGUCACCUACAUACCAUGGGAAAAGGUCAAAGUAGAUGACCUGGAUGACUUUGCUGAAGGGGGAAUCAUUGACCAGGAAACCGUCAAUGAUGAGUGGGAAACUCCUAAGAGUUCUGAACCAGCCAAGGAAGUUGCAAGUCAGCCAGUAAGCACUGAGGCUACAGUGGUAUCCAAUACACAGACUGAGACCUACAGCCAUCAGGUCACUAUGAUGCCUGUACAGCUACCGAUGGCUCAGGCAGUUCCCAGCGCAGUAGGGUUGGUGCCUCCUUCGUUUCCUGUUGCAAUGACCAUACCUCCUCCAGGCUACGGGCCACCACCACCGUUCAUAAGGCCUGCAUUUAAUGCCUCACAGCCUCCACCAGGUUUUUUGCAGGCCCAACAUACAGCAGGAAUGGCCUCAGCAACUGCAUCUUUAGUGCAGCCACCUGUGUCCACCAGCCAAGAAGCUGUCAAAGAGGCACCAUUCAGCAGUAUGCGUCCUCCAACAAGCACUAUCCCUGGCAGCUUCAUGCCCUCAGCCAUCCCUGGACCUGGCAUUUUUCCCCCAGUGGGAGUCCAGACUCAGCAAGCUAACAAUGAGAAAAUUCCACAGUCUACAAAUGGUAUGGGUGCUGCAGCAGAGCUCGCACUACAAGGCAUGCAGAAUGCAGUCCGUAGUGGGAUGGGCCUGCUUGGCAUCCACCCUACAGCUUCCCUCACACAUCCACUGCAUCAGUCUGGGAUGAGUGGUCAGAGGAUGCCUGGGUUGUUGCCCCUGGAUGUGCGACCUAAUCUCCUUCAACAAGGGGCUGCUGCCCGCUUUCCACUCCUUAUGCAGCAGGGUCCUGCCCAUCUUGACAGUUCCCUCCAUGCUCAGGCCCGCCCCAGGGCCCCCUUUCCUCAUAUGGACCUCUUCAACAGGACCCCCAACCUUACCAGUGAAAAUGUAUCCAAAACAGAAGAUGAGUCUUCAUCUGGGGCUGAUGAGGGUAAAGACCAAGACUACCGCUUCCCACCAAUAGAAAAGCAGAGUACAGGCCUACUGCGGACCCCCCCGCCAGAACACAGGGAGCCCCUUGUAGGUGCUGGAGGUCCGGGAGGAGGAAGACCUCCUUUGCUUCAGACCCCAGGAACUCAGCCAGGCAGAUCCAGCUUGGUGGGACGUUUGCAUGCUCUUGCAGGCUUUACUCCUGAUAACCGCUGGAACCAAACCAAAGGAGACUUUGAUGAGCGAGGCGGAAUGCGAGGAGGACCACAUGCCUCAGGUGGUCCAAAAGGUUUUCAGGAUGAACGCCCCUCCCCUGGGCAGAACUUCUCCAGUCGUUUCGACAACCGUCCCGGAGUAACAGGUGGAGCUGGACCUGUUGGGGGCCCACAACCGUGGAACCGCGGAGGUGGUGCUACAGCUCCUUUCAGCAAUGAACUUCACAAAGACCUGGAUGACCGAAGACGUCCAUGGGAGAGACAAAGAGACAGAGAUGAAAGAGAUGUUGACUUUAGAAGAGACAUAAAUGGUAACCGUCAAAGCCGCGAGAGAGAGCGAGAAAGGGAUCGAGGACGAGAACACACCAGAGAACAUGAGCGUGGUGAGAGUGACAAAGAGAAGGAGCGUGAGCGUGGAGGUUGGACGCCUCUUCUUCCUCUCCCUACACCACUUCUUCCCACUCCUCCUAUUAAUCCCAACUUAACGUUAAAUCAAGGUAAACUACUUGUUCCUCUGAAAUUUAAUCCCCAGAUUCAGCCACGAUUCCAGUCUCCACUUUUCUCUCAAAGUCAGGCCAAAUCUCCCCUCCUGGGUCUGAAACAUCCUCUCCCUCUGGCUCAAAUGAGGUCUCCUCCCCCAUCACAGAACCAAGCACCUGCUCCUGAGCCUCAGUCUAAAACCCCAGAUCUUGCUGAAACACCUCGGGCACAGUCAGCUCGUUCCCCCCGCCCAUUAUCUGACAGCCCAGGUCAGAGUACAUUAACUGAGCCUCCUACUCAGCCUGAGCCAAAACCAGAAACCCCAGCUCAAAUUCAGUCACCACCUCAGACCACCACUUGUCCUGACACUAUGACCCAAAGUCCUCACUCACUUUUGGCUGUCACACAAGCUGAUGCCCCCACUGAAGAUUCAACUUCCUCUGUGGAAAAGCAGGAAGAGCCACAGAAGGAUGAGGACGGGUCACAAGAAAAGAGAUCCUCUACGCCACAACCUGAGUGGGUCAAUGGACCCGAGAAGGACCGUGUCAAUGUGGCUGAGCUCGCAUCAGACCCUGAACAUCGUUCUUCGCUCUUUGAAAGUGACACUGAGCCGAAGCAGGAGCAAGUGUCAUCUCCUAAGGACCUAAACAAUGAACAGAAGGAGCCCAUGGAGGAAGCUCAGAGUCAGCCAGUGGUAGACACUGUCACAGACACUGAGGGGACAUAAUCAUCACUCAGUAGGUAAAAGAUCAUUUUGUAAAGUUGUCUCUUCUUCUCUGUACUCAUGUCAGCAAACUACCACCCCAACACGGGACAUGACGAACAUUGACCCACACCAGUUGUUGUCUGAUAACCAACAACAAAUGAUUUUAUCUCUUACAAAUAACCGUGUACUUAAAUAGGAGGCUUUAUGGAUAGAAGAUUUUGUUUGUAUUUUAUUUCGUUUUUCCUUUUUUAAGUUGUAAAACCACACCACCCCUUUUAAUUAAUAUAAGCUUGGGAAGUUUUAUUGAAUUGUCUGCCAACAUGUUUCAGUUGUAUUUGGGGAAAUUUAGCUUCAACCUUCCUAUGGAAGAAAGCGAGGAAUCCUGGCUGUUCGAUGAUAAAUUGACUGCAAAAAAAAUGUGAUACUUGAAAACAGCAGCUGCUCGCCAAUUUCUUCUGUCUCCUCUCUUCUUUUAAAAUAUACUGCAAAGUUUUGCAACAAUUGCUUUUAUUCUGUUUCUACGCAGAACAAACAGCCUACAUGCAGUCACACCAGAGCAGCUGCUUUAGAUUGGAAAAUAAAAUUGCAUUGCAAUAAAAAAAACGUCAAACUGUUGUUUCUACUAAAUUAAGAACGGUCUGAAAUUUGUUUCUAAUAACACCAUGAACACAAAUUACAUUUAAAUACUAACGAGGUAAAAAAAAAAAAACAUG